UUUAUGAUAGUUCCCUGGGUUAGCAGCUUACUUGAUUGAGCGGGGAUGUCUCAUGCCAGGCAGAACUACGAGGAGUUUCACAGCAAAUGCGAAGUCAUCGCAAGAUUUCGGCUACCGUGGUCCUCCCGACUCCCCCUUAAAGGCCUUUUAUUCGGGACUGUCGAGGCCCCAAACAUGGCGAGGGCUUCGUGGUACGCUAACGGCUCCUUGUAGUGUUGCUACAAGUUGGCUCACUCCAGCGGCCAUUCAGCGCGACCACACCCUCCCCGUUUCCUCAAAGAACUGCAGCGGGAGCGCGCAACGCUACUUCGAACCUCAGGGAAGACUUCUUCCAAAUCCUGUUUCGGAUAUUUGAGGAGGCAAGUGGAUUUACAUGAGCGUUAUGGAUACAAGACGUCAGUGUUCACAGAGUCUGUGCGGCUUUUUACGCGCUGUGGUCCCGUGUUAAGAUGCCAAGGAGGCGGUGGACACACGGACGAUGCCUAUGGAAUCGAAGCGACCGCUAGCGUGUCACCCGGGCUUGUGUUUGAAGAAGACGAGGUUGAAACCGGAUCGUGGAAUUGGCGCGGAUGGACUUUUAUCGACGAGAUUCAACUAAUGACAGUGGGAUUCCUGAAACGAUGGCGUUCGAGCGAAAGCCGCCUCUUCUUGCUGUCCACAAGUGCUGUCCGACUCUAACCAGCAUGAGUACGCCAGCCCGGUCAGUCUUACUGGGAACCAGUCGGGCAAGGUGCUGUUUGAGAUCAGCCCUCAUUCGAGUGGACGUAAAAUGAUAUCCUAUUGAAUACACAGAAAGAGACUUAAGUUUAUUAGUAGUCAUUAAUCUUGACUUUUACUACAUAGUAAAUAAGUAGUCCCCUAAAUUUUAAUUUAAAGUGUAGAUUUAUUUUCAUGUUUUUUUGGACUUUUUUCAGUCUGCACUUUUCCUCUUGGGAAGGAGUUUAGCUGGCACUGCAGUUUGUGUGAUUUCAUGUUAAAAUUUAACCUGUGAUUUUUUUUUUUCUGUUCCACCACAACCUUUGACUAUUUUUAUACUUGUAUUUUUAAUUCAGGGCAUUUACAUCAAUGGGUUGGAUGACAGGUUUGGGGUGGGGGCGAUGGGAACGUCAUUCCAGUAAUGCAGUCAUUUUUUUAUGGUUUUCACUGUUGUUUACAAUCACAUUAGAACUCAGUGCAUUGACAUACAAUGUAUAGUUGAUUUACAGUUUUGUGAAGGAAUUUUAACAAAUACUUUUGGCCAGUUUUUGAGAGAGAUUUGAACAUGGACAUAUGGAAAUGUAUUAGGCAGAAUAAUUCAGUUUUCGGCAGCAAACUAUAAGUAAUCCUGUCAAAAGAGCAGUUUAACCAUCACCCGUAGCCCACGCUCCUCCUUAUUAUGGCUAGUGGUGGCUCUGGCAAAUCGGCUAGCGAGGGAUCCACCAGUGCGGCGAGUGGCAGUCUUCAGCAGAGAAAGCGUCUUUCGUCCAUCUGCGACGCAUGUAAGGGCAAGAUGCAGCUGGUGGCGGACCUCCUCCUGCUGUCCAGCGAAACCAGGCCAGUCAUGACUUCUGAGGGCGUGGCGGUGGCCGACACCUUCGACCAGUGUCGUGACACGGUCAUCGCGCGGACUAAAGAGCUCUCUAUUCUCACCCACGACAUACAAAGCCAGCUCAACAUGGGCCGAUUCACAGAGGUGGGGGACCGCCUGUCGGAAAUGGCCGAUCUCGUGGUUUCUUUGACCGAGUGCUCCGCCCACGCCGCGUACCUGGCCGCGGUAGAGACCACCGGCUCCCAGCCUUGCUCGCCCGGUCUCGUGGACCGUUACAAAGUGACCCGUUGCCGGCACGAGGUGGAACAAAGCUGCGGCGUUCUCCGUAUCACGCCCCUGCCGGAUCUCACUCCCCAACUUCUCCUGGAGCUCUCUCAGAACAUCUCCACCAACCUCAAGACGCUCACAGACAUCUCGUCGCUGGCAAGCGAAAGGUCCAGGGAUCGUUUCGGAAAAGAGCAGUUCAAAUUGAGCGUCAAGAGCAUGAGCACGAGCGGCACCGCCUUCCUGGCUUGUGUGAAAGAAGUGAAAACGCAGCCCAGUGAGCUGUCGAGGAAUCGUUGCGUCCUCUUCAGCGCCGCUCUGGUGCAAGCGGUCAACGCGCUGGUCGGCUUUGCCACGGAGCCACAGUUCCUGGGGAGAGCUGCGAGUAUCUCCACUGAAGGGAAGGGAGUACAGACUGCAGUUUUAGGAGGCGCCAUGAGCGUGGUUUCAGCCUGUGUCCUCCUCACCCAGGGACUCAGGGAUGUCGCCCAGCAUCCCGAGAGCAGCUCUAAAAUGGCUGACUACCGCGAACGUCUACGAAACUCGGCGUGCGCCGUGUCCGACGGAUGUACCCUGCUCACACAGGCGCUCAGAGAGCGCUCGUCUCCCAGGACUCUGCCGCCAGUCAACUCUCAUUCUGUGACAUAGUUCAGGGAAAAGCAAUAUGCUCUUAAAGUCUGUCCUAUUUGAAGAUAAAUACCAAAGAGACUUUAAUACCUUGUCAUCAGGUUUUGAAAAGGUUCAGAAAAGCAUACAAGGUGUCUGUUCGUGAACUGAGCUGAAACAUUGCCUCUAUAGAGGGUUUGAUGUCACGCUGGAUGUGACUCAAAACCAAGUGAUCAGGCUACCAUGAGGCCAAAGUAGGCUUAGCCUCCCUGUCUGCUCUUCAUAAACUGACAGCACCCUCCUAACCUGAAAAGUUUACCUCAGCCAGCCAGCCUUGAUGGAGGACGAAUGUAGCGUCGCUAUGUGAACCUAUGAUUGACUGACCUUAUCUAGCACAAGUGCUUUGCGAGCUUGGUAGGAGUGACAUGUGCUUCCUUUUUCAAUGUGUGUGAAUCCCUACUUGGUAAAAGCUGCUGUGAGUGUGCCAUAGGUUUUUACACAUUAUUAGACGUCGCAUAGUACUUUAAUGUGUUUGACCAUGCAUGUAAUGGAAUAUUUAUUUCAUCAAUUAAAAAAUGUUUCUGAUAAUCUGUUGUUUGGCGCAGACAGUAUACUAUGCAUGCAAAUCAUAUAAAGAGCUGGUCGCUGUUCAAGCCAUGAUUAAAAAACAAAACAAAUUAAAAUCUCACCUAAAUAUCAUUCAAGUCAAUUCGCUAUAAUACUGCAUAUUCAUUGACCUAUUUUGGUUAUAUAAUACUUCUGGGUACAUUUAAUAAUGCACUCUAAGAACAAGAGAUUUAUAUACAUGCAGUGUGUGUGCAUAUAGAGGAGUGGGACAAAAUAAUGGAAACAUUUCAGCAUAAUCGUUGA